CCCUGCAGGCUGCACUGCAAUGCACCAUGGCCAGCUCUGAGCAGGGGCAGUUCAGGCUCCCCUGCUCCCUGUGCUCAGCACUGAGGCACAGGUGAGCCCGGUGUUGCUGGGCACGCACUCACACGGUGCUGGGUACCCUGGCUGGGGUCUGCACCGCACCGCUGUCACCUUGAGGAGGACAGCCCUGGUGUGCUGGGUCUGCUCCCCAGUGCUGCAGGAGCGGCCUUUAACCGUCCGCCCAUCCCCAGUGACCCAGUAACCCUGGCAGGCAGAGAGAGAGGGAAAAUCUAUCGGCAGCAGAAUUACCCAUCGAGCCUGCAGGACGCUGCGGCCACCGCAGGCUGAUCGAUGAGCCAUCCCCUUUCCCUCUCCCGUUUCCCCUCACUCCUCAUUUGCUCUGUGCAUCAGUCUGGGGCCGCUGCGAGCGUGCUGUUGUGCUCCCGCCACCCAGCCAGGCACAACGCUUUGCUCAGCCCCUCUCCCCCCCAUCUGCUCUACCUCCCUGGGCAAGGAAGUGCUGAGAGCUGUCCUGGAUGUGCUGUCUUCCCUCUGCUGGGUGCAGGCAGAGAGCAGUCCCAGCAGCUGAAGGCUGGAGGGGCUGUGAUGGCGCUGAGCUCCGUGCCAGCCCCUCCCUGGGUGAGGGGAGCCCAGCUGGGCUCGCUGCCCCACUUUGUGCAAGCUGCCUGCCCCAGCAGCCGCACGGCACACUGAGCUCUCAGCCCCACGCUGGGGUUAAGCAGUGCCGUCCCCCCGUCCCCAUCCCCCCCGUGAAGGCCAAGCCUUCCACUGCGCCCACAGCCAUCGACCGUGCUCCAGCUGCAGCUGCAGCCACCCCUGGUAAAUCAGUAACCGGCGUGUGCGAGCCAGGCACUGCGUGUCCCAUGGGCAUCGCCAGCCAAGCGCAAGCGGACGCUCCCCGGUCCUUUGAGAAGUGUCUGCGGUUGAAUCCGGACGUUCCCGUGUGGGCCUCCAAGCAGCGCAUUCUGUGCACCCUCAACCACAGCCUGAAGGAUGUGCUCAACUACGGGCUCUUCCAGCCGGCCUUCAAUGGCAGAGCGGGGAAGUUCCUGGACGAGGAGCGCCUGCUGCGGGAGUACCCCCUGAAUCCCGACACUCCCGUCCCCUACCUGGAGUUCCGGUACAAGAGGCGUGUGUACACCCAGACUUUACUGGAUGACAAGCAGUUUGCCAAGCUCCAUACCAAGGCAAACCUGAAGAAGUUCAUGGAAUACGUGCAAAUGCUGAACGCGGAGAAGGUCUGCAGACUGCUGGAGAAGGGACUGGACCCCAACUUCCACGACCCGGAUACUGGAGGUGAGGUUGGGCUCUCCAGAGAGGGGGGGGAUGGCAGAGCAGGGCUGGGGGAGAAAGUGUCCAGGGGAGACAGCGAGAAUCUGGGCAGUGGUUGUUCUUGGUGGGCGUAGCAUAUGAUGGGUUGUCUGAAGGGAAGGUUUGGAACAGCAGUAUGUAUGUAAGCUGGAUUUCUUCGUAGUGUGUCUUAGGUCUUGAAGGUUUUUGGAACACAAAGUUACUAGAAGGCCAUUGACAGAAGGUACUGUGUGGGGAGAGAAAGAUGCAUGGUCUGGGAAUACGGCAUAAAAUGAGACAGCCGUGGGGCUGUGCAUCUUUCAGCCGUGGGGCUGUGCAUCAUCUGGGAUUCUGGGGAGGAUGGGGCAGUCUUUGGAAAUGGCAUGCUGCGGGAAGGUGAAGUCUCUCUGUGACACAGUCAGAAGGCUGACAAAAUAUUUUGGAGAAGCCAAGAAAAUCAAAUCUUGGCUUCUGAGUGCCUCAGUGUUGUAUUUUAAUUUUUUCCCCACCCUAGGGAGCUCAGGGUUCGGAGCGCUGGCUGUGGGGUUUUCUUCAGGCUCCGGGGUGUGAGGAGCAAGAAUUAAACUCCCACGUCUGAUGCUUGAGAAUGGGGCCAAGGGGGAGGAUCCAUCCCCAGCCCCAGCUGAGCCUCUCAUGGUCUUGUUCUGAGCGAGGAGCUGCUGGUUUAGUUAUUUCUGUUUUAAAGCAGUGCAUUUUAUUAUUAUUUAGUGCAGAGUUGGACUUCUGUUUUGUGAACGAUGGGCACAUUUCCAACUCACGAGCAGGUGCCAACCUGAUGAUUAAUUUUCCGUGUUUCUGGUUCAGCUGGGUGGCUCCUCAGCUUGGUUCUGAAUCUCUGGCUACCUCUGCACGAGGAGAUCUUGUGGGCCCAGGCUGCUGUCCCGCACUGUGGUCAGCUGGCAUGGCGUGGUGUCAGGCACACUGUUAACCUCCCCAGUCCUCCCAGACAACAGGGCUGCACCCAGACUGCCCCUUGGGAUGGCUCAUGGCCUCUGCCAGCUCCUGGGCUGGAAGGGUGAAAGCUGACUCAGCCAAACUGGCAAAACCACUCAAACUCAGCCAGCAAUGUUUGUUUAGUUUAAUUUACUGGUGUAGCCACUCUGGUCCUGAUGGACAACUGCUCUUAUGACAAAUAAACCAAUAGCAGCGUAUGAGCAUGAUCGCUGUCUGCCUUGGAGUGUGCCCAAGCAGCUUAGCUCUGUUUGGUUUUCAUUUUUUGCCCGAGACCUUUCAAGCAUUUUGAGGGACGUUUCUUUAAAAGAAAGCCCUCUGGUCUUCUAAAGCUGACUCAGCUUUAUGAAGUGUAUCAUAUUGCAGAGCACAGUGCACUUGAGGAGGUCAUAGAAUGGUUUGUUUUGGAGGAGAACAUACAGCCCAUCCGGUUCCAACCCACUGCCAUGGGAGGGGACACCUCCCACCAGGUCAGGCUGCUCAAAGCCCCAUCAAUGGAGCUGCAAAAGUUUUGGAUCUGAUGUUAUUUUAUAGAAUCACAGAACCACCAAGGUUGGAAAAGACCUCCAAGGUCAUCCAGUCCAACUGUCCACCCACCACCAAUAUUCCCCACUAAACCAUGUCCCUCAGUACAACAUCUAAACAUUUCUUGAGCACAGAAGGUUGGAAGCUUACGGGAACAGGCUCACGUGUACUGAGAAGAAUCUGUUAAAUAUAGAGGGGAAAGAAAGAAAAAAACAACAACAAGAAAAGCACCUGAUCCGAACAGUCAUCUGAUUCCAGUUCAGAGCUGACAGCAAAACUGGAUGUUACGAGAUGUGAAAACAGCGUUGGAGCAGAGGGAGUCUUGGGCACCGCGCUUCGAGCCCUCAUUCUUGUGCAAAAACACACAACUGUUUCUUGCUUCGCAGUCUGUUUUGUGAGCGUGAAAGAGUGACAUAGGACUGCUGUUCAGUACUCGUGGCUUUCUGGAAUUUAAGAGCAGAUGGAGCUGUUACACCACCCAAGCUGACCUCCUGCAUCUCGGGGGAUCCUCGUCACCCCGUGUGUGCGUUCACUCAGCGCACUGAACAACGCUUACAUGUAUUUUCCAGAAAGUCAUCAAUCCUGAUUCAGGGAACAGAGGAUCCGUGCUGUUCCUCCGUUAUUUGCUUAAUCACCCUCACUGCUUAAAAUUCGGGUCUUAUUUAAAUUUCCAUGCUUCGGCUUCCAGCUGUCGUUACGCUUUAUCUUCUGGAUUAAAGAGCACUUUAGUACCUGGUAUGUUUUCACAUGAAUGUAUUUAUACAUGGUAAUCAGAUCAACAUUUAGUCUUCCUUCCCCUAGUUAAAGAGAGGCCGAACUCCUUCAGCCUUGCAUUUGAAGGCAUUUUCUCCUGUUUUCACAUCAUUUUGGGGGCUCUCACGUCACUGUUUCUAAGAGGUCAGCUGGAAGGCAGGCACCAGGCACGCUGCUGUCAGUGCUCCCUGCUCGUCCCUGCUGUCCAUGUCCUGUGGCAGUGCCCUCACCGGGGAGGACCCAGGUGACCACGCGUUGCUGAGACAGACUCUAUGUCACACCAUGACCUGUGUCACCUGAAGCACCACAAACCACAAAACAGUUCCUUGCUUGGGAGCUUUGCUUUGGUGGGGCCGUUUCUGUUCCUGUUGACUUCCACAUGUACCUGGCUGCGGUUGGAAGUGCCCUGGUGGGAUCACGCUGCUCUCUGCAGGGCUGCCAGCUCCUCCCCAGGAGCAUUUUGCAAAGCCGUGACUGCAGGGCGCAGGGCAGUGCAUCUCCUCCCCCACGUGUCACGUUCUCCAAGCUCAGAUGGAUCCUGGGGGAUUGCCACGGCUUUUCCUUCUGGUUCUGGAUCGCCCAGCCCUGAUCGCUCUCCGUAAUCCUCCCAGCUUUGUGUCACCUACAAAGCUGGUCAGAGAUUUGCAUUUGCUUCAAGAGAAGCAACGGAGAUGGUCAAGCCCAGCACCUUGGAGAGCCCCUUCAGCACCUGUGGUUCCCCAGGCCCUCUCUGGUUGCUUCUCCUCAUCUGGAUUUCAGUUCAUCUAAAAGGCAUGGAGCUGACAUUUGGUGCUGCACGUUUUCCAUGCCGGGUAGGACUGCGCAGGAGCCUCGCAUCAAUGCAGCCACCUGCAUCAGGCAGACUGCGAGCUAGAAGAAAAGGGGUUACGUGUGAGCAGCAGGACCUACUUACCGUAAAACUCAGUGGGUCAGUGCGAACGACACGGGUAUUCUUCAAUCCCGUGUCAGUUAAAUUCCAUAUGAAUUUCCCACCGUUUUCCCAGGAUCGGUGUUAUUUUUCUGCCUGGUUGGUUCGUGGAUCAUCUUACUCGCUCCUUUUUGCGUCAUGCCCUGAUGCUGCUAUUCUUCUCAUCGUUUGGAUGUCCCAGUAUUACAAAAUGUAUUCAAAUUUAACUUUAUUGGCCCGGGAAGAUCUUCAGGGAGAAGUUAAGGAGGAUGAUGUACCACAUUUUCUAGAAGUAAACAACUUCUUCAAGCGCAGGUAGCUUAUGCCAGUAAUCCCAUUUUGGCAAUAGAGAGGAAAAUAGUAUUUCCUUAGCAGCAAAAUUAACAUUAAGGCAUCAGUCAUUUUGUUUUUUGUAUUUAUUAGCAAUUAUACACUACCUGCCUACCUGACGAGCAUGCGUGGUGCCUGGGAAAUCGUUUGGUGUUAUCUAAUUUAAACAACAGCAAUGAAACCCCCCUCUGAUAGCCCUUUGCUACGCCAAAUGUGGUUUUCUUUCCUUCUGUGUCAUUCGUUCCUGUUCUUGUCCUUCAUUUCCUAAUCUUCAGUUCGUGCUGACCCUGAUCUAUUUUGUCGUGUCCAGUCGUUAGUGCUGGCCUUGUAACUGCUGCUGUCUCUUCACUGCUGACCUGGAAGGGGCACAUGGCAGCGGUUCUCCUCUUCAAUUUGUGGAUCUGUCUCCCUUCUUCUUCAAGAACUCUCAGCCACCUUUUACUUUUUGAUUUUAAGCUUUCCAUGUUUCCCAUAAUCGAUCUAAUUUCCCUUGGUUGAUUCCCUUAGGAAGCACCAACCGUCUGGUUGGGACUCCCAUUUCCCCGUGCUGUCCAUUGCUGAUUAAAUAGCAGUCAACUGUUGAGUAGAUUUGUAUUCAUUACAUCGAGACCCAAAGAAGCAUUCCUGUAUGUUGGAGCAAAGCAGCACUUACAGAGGAGCAAUCAGUUUCCCAUGUUCAGAAAAUGAGGUGACAUUUUAUUGCUUGUAGGUUGGGACAUUCAGCAUUUGCUUUCAGGUUGAAUUUGCCCUGGUAGCAUGAGUGUUAAUUUAUAUAACUCAGAGAUCAGCUCUUAGAAGCUAAUGUGUUUUUUUUUUUUCUUUAGUGGUCCAUGACAAAGUCUCAUGAAGGAGCUUUUAACCUGUAACUUCUGACACUGAUCCACACAAACCCGAGGCCCUGCUCUGAAUCAUUGGUGCCCAUAUAGAAGAUUUCAAUGUAAACUCUUUCUCUGGGCCUCCUUCCCCACUCAGUACGUUUUCAUUCUCGUAGCAAUCAGGCAUUCUUAGUAUUCCAAAAUGGAGUAAUCGUCUGUGGGUUUCAGUAAUGACAAUUAUGUCAAAACUCUUAUUACCUCUAAAAGCAGUCCACAUCCUUUUUCCUGUUAUCCAGUCUCCUCGUACUUCGAAAUGAACAAAGAGGAAGAAAAAUCUUCCUCUCAUUCUUUAUCAAAUGGGCUUAAUUACUUCUGACACGGUGCAUUUGUGCAGCGUUUCCCUCUUUGGAAUUGUUUCUCCAGCAUUCUUGAUUUAAUGCCUUUCUAAUUGUUCUACUUAAGUCUCAGCCAAGAUCAUUAUCUCACCUCUCUGUGAAGUGCAGGUUGUUGACUGUGAAAAUCCUCCAGCAUGGGCCAGCAUUCCCUGAACCCAGCGUUCCCAGUUUUGCUCCCAUCCUGCGGCUGGAGAUUCCCCUCCAGCAUUUUCUGCACGAUGCCUUCUCCUGCUCGUAGGUCUGAAGGGAUCUCUGGGAUGAGCUCAUGAACUCCUCCAUCCGCCAGCUCUCCGGCGACGUCCUCACGUCCCAUUGCUGUCAAAUUUCUGCACUUUAAUUUCACAGACUCAUCCUGCACCGGAGGACAGCGGUGGGCUGUCCUCCCCUUUUUUUUGUUGAGAUGCAACACAAACGCACGUGGCUCCGUGCAGAGGCUCAGUGUGGUCUGAGCGCUGCCUCCUCUUCCAGCUGACGGCGAAGGGCACGCGGGUCCCUCUCAGCCACUUCCACUCCACGCCGUACAUUUGUCACCAGAUCACAUUUGUUGUGCAGGACUGCUCCUUUGUAGGAGGGGAAGCGCAGUGUCUGCAGCUUAACGUGGCUUUUCUACUCGUACAGCUGGAAUAGACCCAUACCUGAGAAGAGGGAACCGUAUCCCGAUGAAACUCCUGUUUGGCAGUCCUGCUUUCCUCCUAAGGAGUCUUCACAACGGACUUAUUUACUAAACCGGGGUUUCCUAAAUUUCUGGGUGAAAGAUGGAGAGGAUGCGGGGACCCUCUGUGCCAACGUGAGCGCAGCACUGUGGGCUGUGUGGUCCCAUGGCCGUAUCAGCAGGCAGUCGUGUUGGUGUGGUUUAGUUUGGUACCACAUCUGUGUAGGGUCAUGAUAGAAUAGAAUAGUCCAGUGGGAAGGGACCCACGAAGACCACCAGCUCCAACUACCUGACCACUUCAGUGCUAUAGCAAUAGUUAAAGCAUUUCAUUGAGGGCAUCGUCCAAAUGCCUGCUGAGCUCUGACGGGCACAGGACAUCACCCACCUCCCUGGGAAGCGUGUUCCAGCGUCUGACCACCCUCAUGCUCAGCGAAUGUUUCCAAAUGUCAGAUCUGAGCCUCCCCUGGCACAGCACUGUGUCAUUCCCACCCAUCCUACCGUUGGCUGCCAGGAGCCAUGCACCUUCCUCUCCAUUUCCCCUCCUUGGGGACUCUGCUGUAUGAUCGGUGCUUUGCUGGUCUCUGAACAAAGUGGUCCUGAGCAACAUGCUUUUAGGCCAAAGUACUGUGGCCUUGGUGCAGGAAUCCUCUCAAAAGCUGGGGACCUUUUCCUUACCACCAGAGACUUCACUCUGCUGGAAGUGGUGAUUCCCAGACACUUCCUUCCUUCCUGACCAUGGUCCACCCUCCCUGCUCAGGUGCUGCCCCUGAGUUAAGGUGCUGUGCAGUGAGGUCUGCCUCCUCCACCCCCAGCUGGCUGCUGCCUUUCCCAUUUUGCUCAGGCUCAGCUGAAGGCAGCGUACAUCCAAUGCUGAAGUGGGAAGUCUCAAUAAUUAUUCAUUCUGUGUGUCCCGAGUUAAGCGCUGCCGCUGCAUUGCUUUGUAACUUAAAGUCUCAAUAGCUUGUCUGCUGCCAAGCCAAACGUCCCCUCUCCUGGAUGCUUGAAAAACCCUGCUCUUUGAAAACCUUAGUCCUCUCUUUCUUGAGAAUACUCCUAUACUGAAUUUUUAACCCAGAGCUUUCAGGUCUGUCAGCAAAAUGGUGGUAACGUGGGCAGCGCUCCAACUUUGUUCCGAGAGAAGGAACAAACAAAUGGCCAUAUUUCCAGUGCUUGGUAUUUAGCAAAGAUAGCACUUGUGCACUGCAGCUUUUUCUAUUUUUAAUUUCUCAUCUAUCCCUUGCAAAAUCUCUGUAGUGAGUCUAUUCUUUGUUCAGCCAAAACAGCACUGCUAUUAGCUAUGCAUUUUUAUCCUCUGGGUCUCUGGGGUAAGUCUUGCAGAGGUAUUGCAAACAGCCCCCGACCCCGAAUGUUCCUUUCCGCGUGGCCAGGCCUUCAGAAGUUUGGGUAAUUACAAACACCGUUAAUUCAGCGUCGUCCUGCAAGAGCUGGGGGGGGACCCAGACCAGUGAGGUUUCAGAAAUCCCAUCCCCCUGCAGCUGGAGCUUUCUUCUGGAGCCACUCACGGGCAGCAGAUGUGGUUCCUUCCUCCCAGCUCUUGAAAACUGCAGCAUUACCAUCUCGGUGACUUUGCGGUAUAAAACUGAUUCACCCCUUCUCAGCUUCUGUAACUUCUUUUCCUUCACCUCUUGACCCAGGGAAAAGAAUAUCCCUGCAGGAAUUAUUUAUGGGUCAUUAUGGAAUUAUUUAUGGGUCAUUAUGGAGUCUCCUCCUACGGAGAUUCAAGGCCCGUCUGGACGCCGACCUGUGCGACCCAUUGCAGGCUGCCUGCUUUAGCAGAGGGGUUGGACUCAGUGAUCCCUGGAGGUCCCUUCCAAGCCCUGCAGUUCUGUGGUUGUGUGAUUAUCCGUGACCCUGCUCAACAUACAGAAGUUAAUGCAACCUGCUCGGUUUCCAGAAAGCAGAGGUUUCCCCUUGCUCUGAGCUGACUCAUGUAUGGGAGAGAGGUGACAUAGCCCUGUCUGAGGUUUCAGUUCUAGAAGUUCAGAAAGGGGACAGAUCUGUGCUGUAGAUGAGGGGGAUGAGAUAGGUUUGCCCCUUCACCUGGACCACCAGAACUCCUGUGCUUACUCUUAGUUUCUCUUCCCAGCACAGGCUGAGCUUUCUCUUCCCAGCACACACGACAGCCACGGCCCAGGACCUGUCACUCAACGAGGCACCUUUAGGAAGUGGAGCUGGCCACUGCUCUCAGCCAUAGGGUCUGAAUGUUGAGUGGUGCUGUGUGGAGCCAGGAGUUGGAAUCAAUGACCCUUGGGGGUCCCUUCCAACUUGGGAUGUUCCAUGGUUCUAUGACUUCCCUCCUUCUGCCGUUGGCACGGGACUUCUGUCCCCUUCCAUCCUGCUCUUGUUCCUCUUCCCCCAGUGCUGAGUUCCCUGGAGAAGCUGGAGGUCUCAGCCCAGUCCCACCAGUGCUGCUUGUGCCUUGUUAGCUGCGCGCUGCUGCUUCUCCUCUGCUGAACUGCUCCGGAUGCGGCCGCUCCCGUGCACACUGUGGUGCAGAGCAGGGGGUUUCUCAAAGCAAGCUGGACCUCCCCGCUUGGAGAAAUGCUCUUCUGCAGAGUUAAAUCCCAUUAGCAUGCUCUGAAUGAUGCUGCCUGCACCGUUAAAGACGUGAUUUGAGGUGCCGUCCUCGCAGCAGAGCCGAGGGGAAGGCACGGUGCUGUCACCGCUUCUCCAGCGCAAAGCUCAGUACCUCCCUGUCAACUGCUGCUGGGAGAGGGUUUAAAAGUGUGGGCACGUGUUCCCUUCUCCUGGCUCUGCUGAGGAGGAGGGAGCAGAUAAAUGCAACCGCUUACACCGCCACAGCGCGAGCCGCUGUAGUUUAGUUCAGUGCUGCAGCGUUGCUGGGAACGCUCUGGGAAAGAUGAACAGUCCUUGAAACAGCUGAAAAGAAACAGGCUUCCUCCUGUAGGCAAAUCCUGACGGUGAAAAACGUACUUCAGAAGUUACUAUUAUUCUAAAAUUAGACCCAAAGCCGAGUAAUAGUUUAGAGUGGAGAAAAGUGAAAACAAUCCUCAAUAUUGAGCAGAGCAGCAGCCAAGGAACAGCAGGAAUGAGAAGAAAUGGCUGCAUUCACAAAGGAACCUACUUGGCUGGUGUGCAGUGAUACGGACUGCGCUCAAUACGAUGUGGGGCCAAGCAGCUGCAGGAUUUGGCAAUGGGGAGAGGUGCUGUGCAGGUGCCCAGGGCACCUCCUGCUCUCUGUCGUGCUGAGAUGCCCGGAGCUGAGCUGCAGGCUGCCUGCUGCUUGUGCCAUGCUGCACGGUACAUGCACAGCCACGUGAUUAACAACCUGCACCACUCACCUGAAUGUAGGCUAUAUUUUCCAUUAUACAUUCCGUUUUAGUGCUGAAAUUCCUAAGUUAUGCUCUGGUUUAGGCAGCUGCUGUGGCCGACAUGGAGAAGCCCUGGAUGAAAUUCCAGUGUUUGUGAUGUGUAAAGUUCUCUCCUUCUCAGUUUAAAGUCUGUUAGCCCAGUUGCUUUCAACCUCUUUUUUGUUGUCGUUUUGUUUCAGCAAACCAGCGGCAUCUCUUUGAAUUCAGUGAAUAAUGAAUAUCAAUGUGUUUGUCUUCAGCUGAAACUCAGGUUGAAAUGUUCUCUUGUGAUGCUUUCCCCUAAACCUGAAGAACACCACCAUGAGGUUCUGCCUAUGGGCAGUGUUAUCACGGGCAGAUAUUUCCUAUUUGCACCCUCUGUCCCUACAGGGACAUCAUGAGAUGCUGACCCUCCUGUGCCGUAGCCUGUGUACCGAGGCUUGCCACCAUCUCAACUUGAACAGAGCUCUCCCUCUUUCCAGAAUGCCAGCAUCAAGUUCUGGAGGAACACUGACUUAAAAAAACCAACCACAAAAUCUGGUCUCUGAAUGAAGAGGGCUCCUGCUCAUUUUGGAGCUGUCCCAGGGCCCCUCGCCACGUGAAUCCCACACCUCAUGGCCAACACCGACGGCUGCAGAGCAGCGUCCAUCCCUGCUGCCUUCUGUGCCAUCCCCUCUUUGUUGACGGCUUCUGGGGGUGUGUGGGGGGCACUGCCCUGGGGCUGGUGCUGAUGGGAGCGCUCCUGGCGCUGGGGCUAUGUGGGUUCAGGGUGCAGGAGCACAGAUCUGUCGUUGUCCACAAUGCAGCUGUGCUGGGAUGCGCUGCUUGCACAGAAGUGAACACCUGAGGACUGCCAGAAUGCCUCAGAUGCAAUUAACGCAUGCUCUUCAUCCUAAGCUUCUUCCAGCAAAACAAAGAGAAAACAUAGCUACAAGGCAAAAAUAUAGAAAGAACUCUGCUUUAAGCACUGUAGAAAGGAACUUCUGUAGGCUCCUCUGGAGCUGCACCCAUUCCUCCUUCUGGCCCCCCCAGCAAAGCCCUCUCUUGCCUGCAUCUUGUCCCACAUGGGUUUGGGUCUGGUCUGCUCCCCCAGUCAGGUUGUGGAUGGCGUCUGCACCGCACAAUCCUCACUGCAGCUGCACCCCCUCCUCUGCUUCCCACCACCCCCAGGUGAAAGGAGGCACCCCCUGGCAGUGGCUCAGCCCCACAGCACAUUGCCCACCCCUUCCCUGCUGCCCUCUGGUUGCCAGUGGUGCUCCCAAGCAGAGCUCCCACCCACUGCUCACAGCGCACUGCUAUGACAUGGGGGCAGCUGGUUGGAUCCCCCACCCCCCCAUCCCCAUGCCAGGAUGGGUGCAUGGGGAGUGCUGGUCCCACACUGUGAGCUGUGCUGCCCCAUAGCCCAGGGCAGGAAGCCCAACCCUACAGCUCCUUCUGGUGUGUGCGCACUGUGCAAUAUGCAGUGCACCGUCUUGCUUCUUUCCCUUUUCUCUUUACAGACCUCGUGCACUUAAUUGCUUUAAGCAUAUGUUUGGAUAUGCACAGUUCCAGAAAUUAGCAGAGUGUAACCAUUAAAAUCCUGGAUUAGAUAGUGGCCAGAUGAGGUAUAGUGGACAAAUUGCUGCGGUUCAUCCCGUGCAUCUCCAAGUGCCCAAUUCGGACCUUUCUCAGUCUGGAGUUCAAGAUAAUUUGGUCAUUUUUUUUUUCCCAGAGGAAUAUGGCAUAUUAACAAUAGAAACCAAAGAUAUGAAGCCUCAAGUUCUGCCUUUUUAAAAACGUUGUCUCAUUGAAGCUGAUUUGGAAAACAGAUUGCUGAUGUAACCGCACCUGGGAGUGCAGGAGGUGCCGGGAGCGGAGCGUGGAAGGGCACCGCGGCUCCAUUGCACGACGCUAAGUUUGUGGCAGUCUCUGGGUUCUUGUUACACUAACACGUGCCUUCAACUACUCGAAAAUCAUUGUGUUGAUCCUAUGGAGAUAUUCAAGACCCAUCUGGAUGCCCACUUGUGCGACCUGUUGUAGGGAACUGCUUCAGCAGAGGGUUGGACUCGGUCAUCUCCCGAGGUCCCUUCCAACCCCUGUGGUUCUGCGACUCUGUGAUUCUGUGCACCUUCCCAGGCCAUACAUGGCUGUAUUCCUAGCUGAUGAUCUUAUUUUUUGGUAGCAUUGCAUUCUGAUGCGGGCCCAUGUUUCCUUUCUCUAACAAAGUCGGGCUCAUUUUAUAUCAAAGAAGAUUUUUCUUCCUUCUGUGUGCGAAGAGGAGGAUCUGGUGGAGGCCAGCCCUGCCCAGGAGGGUUGGAACUGGGUGAUCCUUAAGGUCACUUCCAACCCAAACCAUUCUGUGGUUCUCUGAGAAUCAGAUCAGCCCAUGAAUAGGUGAGCGUGGUCCUUUUGCAGCUCAGACCUCUCUAGCUCCAUCAGGGCAGGACAGGAACCUGCAUCCAGCUGUGUCAGCAUCAUGGCUUUGCCCCGGGGUCCGUGCUUGGGUGUCUGCAGGUGCACUCACAGGGGGAGGCGAGCUGUGCUUCUCACUUGCAAACCAUCAAGGCAGCAUUUGGCUGAAAGGUGGGCACUGCAGUCAGGUGCCUGAUGGAUGGAUGUAGCAGCUGCUGAUGGAAAGGCUGUGCCUGUCUGGCACAGAGAAUUCUUUGUGCUUUUUGGAGCUGCUUGCACCAGCAGAGCAACAGAUCUGCACCGGGGCUCUUGCUCCCACCUGCAAAGCAGAUGCAGGAGGUGGAUCACACCAACCCCAUGCAGCGCUGCAGGCGUGGGGCAGUGGCUGAAAGCUGUGGGAGGAAAAGGACCUGGGGGUGUUGGUCGGCAGCUGAACACGAGGCAGCAGCGUGCUCAGGUGGCCAAGAAGGCCAACGGCGUCCUGGCUUGGAGCAGCAGCAGUGCAGGCAGCAGGAGCAGGAGGUGCCCGUCCCUCUGCACGGCGCUGCUGGGGCUGCAGCUCAGACUGAGACAGAAGAGGGCUGUGGUGCAGCAUCACUACAGGGGCUCAUGGGAACCUCGUGGCUCCUACAGCUCCUAAAAGGAGGUUGUGGUGAAGGAGGGUUGGCCUCUGCUCCCAG